AUGAUCGAUCUCCUCCUCCUACAGCCCGACAAGGGCGGCAACCCGCAGCUCGUCAAGGACUCCCAAAAGAAGCGCAAUGCCCCCGAAGAGCUCGUCGACGAGGUGCUCGCUCUCUACAAGAACUGGGUCUCGUUGCAGAAGGACCUCGAUGUGGCCCGUCGAGAUGUCAACGCCGUCCAGGCCGAGAUCACAAAACUGCGCAAGGCCAAGGAGAACGCUGACGAGCAGAUGGCCAAGAAGAAGGAGCUCGACGCCAAGGUCAACGACCUCAAGCCCACCGUCGUGGCCGCGGAGCAGGAGAUGAAGACCAAGGCGAUGCAGAUCGGCAACAUUGUGGGCGACAAGGUGCCCAUCAGCAACACGGAGGAUGACAAUGCUGAGCUGCGCAAGUGGCACCCGGACGGACCCAACGCGCAGGUCGAGAAGAAGGAGGGCAUCCUCAGCCACCACGAAGUCAUGUACCGUCUGGAGCUGUUCGACACUGAGCGCGGCACCAAGAUCUCCGGCCACCGCGGCUUCUUCCUCACCGGAGACGGCGUGGAUCUCAACCAGGCGCUCAUCAACUACGGUCUCGACUUCCUGCGCAAGAAGAACUACAAGAAGAUCAUGACCCCUUUCAUGAUGCGCAAGGAGGUCAUGGCCAAGACGGCGCAGCUGGACCAGUUCGACGAGGAGCUCUACAAGGUCACCGGCGACGAAGACGACAAGUACCUCAUUGCCACUUCGGAGCAGCCCAUCUCUGCGCUGCACUCUGACGAAGUCUUCACCGAGCCUGCCAAGCAGUUGCCCAUCCGCUACGCCGGCUACUCGACCUGCUUCCGCAAAGAGGCCGGCUCGCACGGCAAGGACACCUGGGGCAUCUUCCGCGUCCACCAAUUCGAAAAAGUUGAACAGUUCUGCAUCACCGACCCGGCCUCGUCCUGGGAGAUGCUCGACCAGAUGCUCGCCAACUCGGAAGAGUUCUACCAGUCGCUCCAGCUGCCCUACCACGUCGUGGCCAUCGUCUCGGGCGCCCUCAACAACGCCGCCGCGGCCAAGUACGAUUUGGAAGCAUGGUUCCCCUUCCAGGGCGAGUACAAGGAGCUCGUUUCCUGCUCCAACUGCACCGACUAUCAGUCGAGACGCCUGGAUGUCAGGUGCGGAUUCAAGAAGCCUGGCGACACCAAGCAGACUUUCGUGCACAUGUUGAACGGAACGCUGUGUGCCACCGAGAGGGCGCUCUGCUGUGUCGUGGAGAACUGGCAGACCGAGGACGGGUUGAAGAUCCCUCCUGUGCUCCAGCCGUACAUGCAAGGAAGGGAUUUCUUGCCCUACGUCAGGGAGUUGCCGAAGAACACCACCAGCCAGAAGAAGAAGUAG